AUGGAAUCUAGCACUAUUCCUGUUCAAUCUGAAGCCGCUGGAGUAUGGGAUUGGCCAUUGCAACAGGGUGAUGGUGUUGUUAAAGUUUUGAAUACCAAACAUAAAUUUGAAGUUGGCUUGGAAUGCCAUUUUUUUACUCCAAAUGAAAUUGAAGUAAAAGUUUCUGGCAAUGAAGUUUUAAUUUACUGUCACCAUGAUUCAAGAAAUAAUGAAUAUGGUUCAGUAAAAAGAGAAAUUCAUCGUGCAUACAAAUUACCAAAUGACGUUGAUGUAACUACCGUCAAAUCUCAUCUUUCAAAUAGAGGAAUCUUAACAAUUACUGCAGACAAGAAACAUUAA